GCGGCCGGAAGUAGACGGAACUCCACGCGGAAAGACGGGCUUUGACAGGAGCCGGCGCUGAGGAAAGGAGGAGAAGGCCAUGGAGUUGGGCGAACUGCUCUACAACAAGUCCGAGUACAUCGAGACGGCGUCUGGGAACAAGGUUAGUCGCCAGUCAGUGUUGUGUGGGAGCCAGAACAUCGUUCUCAAUGGCAAGACCAUUGUGAUGAAUGACUGUAUUAUCCGAGGGGAUCUGGCAAAUGUAAGAGUUGGACGCCAUUGUGUUGUAAAGAGUCGUAGUGUCAUAAGACCACCCUUCAAGAAAUUUAGCAAAGGCGUUGCAUUCUUUCCUUUGCAUAUCGGGGACCAUGUCUUUAUUGAGGAAGAUUGUGUGGUCAAUGCAGCUCAGAUUGGCUCUUACGUUCAUGUUGGCAAGAACUGUGUGAUUGGGCGUCGGUGUGUGUUGAAAGACUGCUGUAAAAUUCUUGACAACACAGUAUUACCUCCAGAAACUGUAGUCCCACCAUUCACCGUCUUCUCAGGCUGCCCAGGACUCUUCUCAGGGGAGCUCCCAGAGUGUACUCAGGAGCUGAUGAUUGACGUCACCAAGAGCUACUACCAGAAGUUUUUGCCCCUCACACAAGUCUAGUGUCUCUGCCUCAUGUCUUGAAUUUGCCGGAGCUCUAAGAUGAACUUGGGGACACAGUGAACCAGUCAGCAUCUACAAAGAGCUCAUAUGUCUUUGACACCUUCCACCCUCCUUUUCUUUAAAAAAAAUUCUUUAGUUUUUUAAUCCAUGAAGACUCUAAGCUCUUAAGAAUUUAAUAACAGAACUUCUGGAGGAGUUGUCUUCUAAUGCUAUGCUUACACCUUAUCUAUUAAUAGUCACUUCAUGCCAUUAUCUGUGGAACACAGAAUUAUCUGCUCCCAACAUUCUAACUCCUCAGUGCUGUGGGUGGCUGGAUCUUGCCUGCAACAGGCCCGCAGAGGAGCAGCACUCUCCCAGUGUGAGGCCGUGUAGCUGGUGUGCUACUCAUGGCCAUGCACUGCCCACACCGAGUACCACUCACAUGGAUGAUGCUUAUAUUCCUGCUGCUAAUGCACUUGGCCAGUUGCCACAGUUUCGCAUAAUCUUGGGGAAGAAAAAUGUUCACCACUUUUCAGAGCCCAGAUCCUGUUGGCUAUUAAAAUUGAAGGGAGGGGGCGGUUAAUUUUUCUCUUCCCAAAAUAAACUUAGUUGUCCCAGGGGUGGUUAAUAGAAGACUUUCUAGCAUUCUGUACCAGGGCCUUUGGCUUUUACUGAAAGGGGGGACCUCAGCACCCCAGAUUUUGCUUUUGCAAAGUUCCAGAUUUGGGUCUCCAAGUGGAUGGAUCAGUCAUGUAGUUACUCUUUACUUCAAAGUAUUUGUCUUAUUUCAUUUAUGACACAGCAUUUGUGAACACUUGCUCCCUGGUCUAGAACCAUUCAACCCAACCUGUAUUUGCUAUAAACUCCACAUUUCACACCAAAAUAUCUGUACUUGAUCCUAAUCACGUAUAUACAUGAGGACCUCUUAAAAUUGCCUUGUGGUCACAGAGCCCCAGGAGUAAAGGAAGUUGCCAGUGCUGUACUUAACCAUCUCUUCUAGCUAAUAGUAAAACGCUUCAUGGUUCUGCUCUGACAUCUUGGUUUAGAAGGAAGAUUUAGAAGUGAGGGGCUGAGAAGUUGGCCUUGCUUAAUGCUCUGAUCUGCUGUAAGUGAUUAAAGCACAAUGUUCAGCCUUGAAGGUUAGAGUCAAGUAGGAGCCAUCUUGACUUAAUAUCCAGUUGUGGGCUUUGCAAAACCUACUAUAUGUAAUCAUCUCUACUAGUUCAAUUUAAAAUUCCUUUGGUUUGCUGUUUUUUUGUUAGUACAUUAAAAGAAUGACACAUGGGACAAGUCAUUUGACUGUGAUCAUGCUCUACCUGCAGCAAUGGCUGCUGCUAUUCCUCGGGCACUUCACAACAUGCCUGGUGUAGUGUCACGGGCUUGACAGUCACUAGCCUGCUUGUUUCUCACACCAACUCUGUAAGGCGGAUGCUAUUCCUAUUUUACAGGUGAGAAAAAAGCUCAAAGACAUUAGAUAACUUGGUUCAGUCCAUGCAAUGAAGAAAUGGCUGACCCAGGAGUCACAACAUGUCUGUCUAGCUCAACAGCCCACACUCUUCAGCUCUGCCCUGCAAAGAUGAGACAAGCUUGCCCUUGGAGUACAUCUGCUGUGCGUCCUGUCUGAUGCCAGCAGUCUCUGAUGGUUGCAGUUUUGGGGGGUCACAUUUUGGCAUCUCCCCGAGGUCCUUUCUCUUUUUGUGCCACUGAAAAGGGGGAUCUUGGAAUUGGCAGAGUUUAUAUCUCUCUAGGCUAACCUUUUGCUCGCUACAGAAAUCUUCCAGGGCAUGCCUGAAAGAUUACCAUCCAGGCUGUGUUUGAAUACAUCCAAAAGGAAGCUUGCCACCUUAUGCAGCUCACUGUCUAUUUUAUUAAUGAACAACUGAAAUUAAGAGAAAAUGGGUUUAUUUUUUUAAGGCUUUUAAAACAAAUAAUUUAAAAAUCUUUAAGUAAUUCAAUUCAAUUUCAAAAAUUCAAUCCAAUUAGUAAAGGAAUAUAUAAUGAAGUAGAUCUUCCCAGCAUAGAAUUUCAGUUCCACAUCCUACUUCCCAGAGGCAACCUCUCUGAACAGUUUUUGUUCUAUAAGAUAAGUCUGUGCGUGCACCAGCAGACAUAGAUGUAUACUCCAACUUCUCUUAUUAUUCACACAAAUGGGAGCAUAGGAUAUGUGCUGUGCUACAUCUUUCCUCUUUUAUGUAAUAUAUCUUAGAGAUUGUUCCAUAUCGACACUUAUGGGUGAUUAAAAAAAAUAGCAUUUGCUAACAUGUACAGAAUGUUUACCAUGUACCAAGUGCUCUUCUGAGUUCUUUACAUCUAUUCUUUUAAUGCUCACAAUUAACCAUGAGGUAGAUACAGUUAUUAUCCCCAAGGAACAGAGGUUAAGUAAAUUGCCAAAUUUAUACAGCUAACGUGACCAUGAAUCUGGGCAUCCUGACUCUAGAGCCUAUACUUUUAACCACCAUGCUGGAAUCCCUCCAUGUUCUAAUACCUUUCAUUUCCCAGAAUUGUGUCAUCUGGCCAGCCUUUGCUGUACAGGGAGCUAAAAAAGUAUUUUGCUUUUUCAGGCAAGCAAGGAAAAAGGGGUUUGGGAAUGGGUAUUGGAUGAGCCAUCCAACAGAGUCUGCCAUCGGCCCAGUGUCUCCUCUGAGAAGAUGGCUCCUUGCAAUGUGCCCCUAUGUCUUGGAGCUACAAUUGUGGUCUGACUAGUUGAAUGAGAGCAGGUUUCCUGGGAGAACUAUACUUCCAAUCAUUACAUGGUGUCUUAAAUUUUUGUACUAUGCAGUUGGCAUUCUAUAGAGGAAUAUGCAAACUAGAUUAGACAAAAAUCCAGUUAGAAAGCUUUGUGGCAAGUGACAGAAAUCCAACUUGAACCAGUUUAGGCAAAAAAGGAGUAUUAUUGGCUUACACAACAAAUCAUGGAAAACAGUAGCUUGAGUGGCAAUAUAAUCCGAACCUUGGCCAAGUUAUUUAAUCUCUCUGUGCCCUAGUAUCCUAAACUGUACAGCAGGAAUAACAACAGCACCUGAGAAAGUUGGUGUGGAUUAAAUGAGGUACUAUAUAUAAAUAUUAAGGACAUUUCUUGGCACUUACAAAGCACUGUGUACACAAUAACUUAUUAUAGGGACUACCGUAUCCACAGGUUUAAACUCCACCAGGGCUUUUGGUUUUUUAUACAUUUUUCAUCUCACAUUAGUAAAAGUACAGACUGGGCUGCUGUAACACAGAAACCACCAAAAUACAGUGGCUCAGACAAGUUAGAAGUUUAUUUCUCUCUCGCCUAACGGUGUGGAGAUAGGCAAGUGGUCCAGGGCAGGUAAGUGGCUGGGCUCCAGGAUGUCAUCAGGCACCCAGAUUCCUACUGUCUUGUCAUAUGGCCACAUUUAGCUAUAAGGGAAGCUGUACAUUUACAUCUUUGUAAUUUACAGAGAAAUUUAAAUCUCUAGUUGGGCAGCCAAAACUCUGAGGAGGAAGGUUCUGGUAGUUAAACAGAGAGCAGCAGAAUGGACAUUGGGAGACAGCAAGCAAACUCAACCAAACCUCUGUAUUGCCUUCAUUUACUCCUACUGCAAGUGGGCUUUCUCCAUGCAUUUGGGGACAUGACAGUUAAUAGCUCCAGACUUGCAUCCUUCCAGCUUGGUGACCCUUAAAGAAAGGUUUUUUUCCCCUUCCAGUUCUAAUCUGGAAAGUCCCAGAGAAAGUUCUCAGUGGUUUGUCAUGAGUACCACGCCCUCUUGGGUCAAUCACUGUGGUCAAGGGAGUUUAGCCCUAUGAUUUACCCAGUCUGGGUCAUGAUCUUUUCUCCAUCUUCCCAUGGUGGGGAAACAGCAGAGUUCAUUACCAAAACAAGGUGCUAGGAAGACAAAAACAAUAGCUUCGACAAACAGUAAAUGAGUCUAUAAUUAUGUACUGAUAUUGUUUGAAAGUGUGUUGACAGUUGUCAGUCCCAGCUGGACUCUGUCUCCAUGGUGGCUCUCACCCCAGGGACAGUCCGUCACCACUUUUUUUUUUCUAUUCACAUCCCGACUGCAGACCAUCAGACACUUUUAUAACCGCAGAGAAAAAAGUCUCUUGUCCUCCGAAUACUGCCAGAAGAGCAGGCAGAUGAGAAAGACCAUGGUUGGGCCUGUUUCCUGUUGGCUUAGGGCAGAGUAGGGAUUUAUUGGCUCAUGUAGAUGAAAAGGCCAGGGCUACACUGGGCUUUAGGCUGGAUCCCAGGACUCAAAACAGUGUCAUCGGGGAUCUGUCUUCUGCUCUUGGCUCUGCUUUCUGUUGAGUUGGCUUUAUUCUCAGGCUUCACAGGGUGACCCCAUGUCUCCAGUUAUUGGGGGAAAGAGCUCCCUUUCAAUGACAAAACCCCUGGAUUUGGUUAUCCUUGGUCCAGACCAGGGAUGUAUCCAACUUCAAGUCAUCACUGUGGCCAGGAAGAUGGAAUACACUGAUUGGUUAGGCCUGGGCAGGUACCCACAGGGACUGAGUUGCUGCCUGUUGGUUGUGGUGGAGGGCAUUAUUACCAGAAGAGACAAAAGGGUGCCAGGGCAGGAAAAAUCAUCAGGUGUCCAGUUCAGGUCUCUUCCCUUUCCAUGGAUAUCUUCACUUUCUUCUCUCUCCCUGCCUACCCUUACCCCCUGCCCUAUCUUUCGUUACUCCUGGUCUUGGGAGGUACCUUCUAAGGGAACUCCUGAUGGGGUACUGGGCCUGGAUUAGGGGGCAGAGGGAGGAUGUUGCUUAGCCAAAGUGGGGUGUUCAUAAAGAGCCAUUUGGAGGAUGGUCUUUUGUCUGUAAAUGCAUCCUUAUGGCUCCCAUAGCACCUUAUGGAGGGUCCCUUGUCAGGGUCUAGAUAGAAUUUUAGUCAGGUACCUGUGAUCUUUCCUGAUCCCACACUAGCUGAGACUUCCUGAGGAGCCAGGCAUGAGCCUCUGGGUUAUUCAGCACAUGCUUAACAGAGGGAUCGACCAUAUAUGAGCCCCACGCCUGGCCCCACUCCAGUUCCAGAUAAGUCUCAUGUUGCAGGAUCCCUGGUGCAGGGAACAAAGUUGAAUGAUUGACUCCUGUUGACUGAUUCUGUUUUGUAUGGCUGCACAGAUCCAUUGUGGUUGGAUGGGGUCGGUGGUGGCUUCUGAAUUAGUUACUUCUAUAUGAACUAAUUCCCACCAGACCCAAGGCCACAGUUACUGUCUUAGUCACUGACCCAUCUGGGUAACGGCAGACUUGAAAUUAAUCAGACAAACAUUGCUUCUAUUUAAUACAUCCUUAGAAGUUUCUCAGCUAUUAAGAAGGGGUCUUGGUGCCUAAGGAGGCCUCUCGGCAUACUGUUCUGGCUGUGAGAGCCAUGAUUUUUCUUGUCCUUUUUCAGCUGUGUUCAUCUUAACCUUUGGUGUCUGCUGAGUGCUCUUUCUGAUUUCCCAGAGGAGCAUCCAGAGCAUAAGGAAGUAGGGCCAGAGAAGUUGGGGAACAUAAGGAAACAUGACAGGCCCAGGAACUGAAAAGGUCUGUCAGACUCUGAGCUUCCUGUGAAUACGGACAGGUUCUUCUUUAUUUCAGUAACAACAGCAACAACUGACAUAACCGUGUGCCUGGUACUGUCUGAGGUGCUGACAGUACAUUUGCAGAAUCUCUUUUCAAGAACCUUAGGAGAUACGCACAUCAUCUAGAUCAAAGCCUAGGAAAUGGGCACUGUAAUUAUACCCAUUUUAUAGACAUGGAAAUUGAGGCACAGAGAGGUUAAAUCAUUUGCCUAAGGUCACACAGCUAGUAAGGAGAGCAGCUGGCUUUGGAACCCAGGGUUCUUUAGACCAUGAACUUGAACGAUACUGUUUUUUGGUAGGGAGUGAGUGAGUGAGUGAAUAAACAUGUCUGGGAUUUACGGACUGCCAGACAGACAGUGAAAGCCUGAGAGGCAGUGUGCAGGUGGUGUGCUUGGGAGUCAGCAGAGCUGGGUUGGAAUUCAAGCUUUACUGCCUCCUGGCUGUAUAAUCUUUGGUAAGUAACCCAAGGUAAAUGAGAUCAUCUCUCAGAAGCUCUUAGUUUAGCCUUGUUUCUGGCACAUGGUAAAUGCUCAGUAAGGGUUCACUAUUAGUAUUGUUAUUACUGAUACUCAGUAGAUAGAUUGUAUUAAUACACCAUAAUUACAACUACAUAAAAUUGAAACUCUAUGUUGACAAGGACUGGAAGAAUAUGAAAAAAUGAACACAGCUAAUUAAAGGACAUAAGGGAAUUAGGGACAUUUUCUUAAAUGCUUCAUCAUUUUUUAAUAGAUGUUUCUAAAUGGAGCAAGUAAAACAUACAUGCAGUGGGGCCCCAACAGGCCUUUGAAUGUGUGAAUAUAAAACACUCUAACUUGUUUUUAUUGGUUGAUUCCAUUGCUUAAAAAUCCUGCCUUAUGAUAUGGAUACCCUAGGUUGGGGUUGGAGAAGUGUUCCUAGAGGGGGGCCUGUGCAGAAAAGAUUUACAGUGCAGGCUUGUAAUGUUAACCCUAUCAAUGCUGAAUUUACUGCUAGGGGUUUGAUUAAAUUUGCAGUGUGUGAAAAAAGGGAAAUUUUUUUUAAAAAAUGGCUUUAUAUUUUGUGUCUGUUGCAUCUGGAUAUAUGAUAAAAUAGAUUUAAAAUGCUAUAUGCUUGUAAUGUCAUAAAUAAAAAAGGUGUUGGUGGGAUACAA